AUGGUGGAUAAUGCAGCUGGGGGUGCUAUGCUAGAAAGAACUGCAGAUGAGGUUUAUGACAUUUUUGAAAUGUUAGGAGCCAAUUCACAACAAAAGAGUGUGAGAACAAAAAGAGUAGGAGUGAAUGAAGUUGUAUCUAAUAAUGAGAUGGCUAUGCAAAUAGCCGAAUUAACUAAACAAGUUAAGAUUCUUGCUUCAACUAAGAAUUACAAAGCAAUGAGAAAUAACGAUCAUAACCCACCACAAAUACUGAGGAACCAAAACCAGCACCAGUAUCAGAAUCAAGAGCCUCAAUACCCAAGGAACCAAAACCCUCCAUUCCCUAAUCAAGGACAAGCCCCUCAAAGAAAAUCAAGUUUGGAGGAAACACUCCACUCUUUUAUGACGGCUACCCAUGACAGAAUGGAGAGGAAUAAGAAGAAAACUGAUUCCAUAGAAGCUUUAGUAAAACGAUUUAUUCAAAUUGGGCAAAUUGCUGAAGCGGAUGAUGAGUUAUUUGAUAAUAAUGUUGAAAAUCUAAUUGAAAAAGAUUCUUCUUACGCAGGUACAUUAAAAGAAGGUGGACUAGUUGAUGUAGAGAUAACUAAAGGAGGUUUACAAAAAAAAGGAAGAAUAGAGCCCAAUCUUGGGCAGAAAGAGAAAGACAAUGAGGCGUUUUCAAGACCUGAGUUUCAUAAGGCGGCUGAGCCUUAUAAGCCUCAUAUUCCGUUCCCGAACAGAUUGAAAGAAAGCAAACAAGAUAAGCAAUUUUUUGAAAUUUUUGAUAUGCUUUCUAAAGUUAACAUUAAUUUGCCCUUGUUGGAUGUGAUCAGUAAUAUGUCAGCUUAUGCUAAGUUCUUUAAGGAACUCAAUUCCAACAAGAGGAGAUAUGAGAAUAAUGAAAAAGUUAUGGUGUCUGAAACAGUAAGUGCAGUUCUCCAACAACAGUUACCUUAUAAGAUGAAAGAUCCUGGGAGCUUUACCGUUGAUAUUACAAUGGGGGAUAAAAAGGUUGCUAAAGCCAUGUUGGAUUUGGGAGCAAGCAUCAAUUUAAUGCCAUAUUCAACAUAUGCACAACUUGGCUUAGGAGAAUUGAAGUCGACCACCAUGUCUCUGCAACUGGUUGAUAGGUCAAUUAAAUAUCCAAGAGGCAUAGUGGAAGACUUGCUGAUUUAG